AUGGACUACGAGUGCUUUGCUGACCAUUUAACCGUGCAGAGUUUCCAAUUCAAGAUACUCAACAUCCAUAUCACCGAAAAGAAAAUCCAAGCCACCCCCAGAGCUUGUUCCUUUCACCAACGGUCUCUUGCACCCAUCCUGCAGAGUCUCAUGCGAGUCGGGGUGGCUACUAAGGGGCCGGCCGUUCAUGAAGUCGAUGAGGUUCUGCAGGCAGCCAAAUGGAAUGACGUAGAGGACAAGCGUCGGCCCCGAUGA